GCGGCUAUCAGUUCAGUGUGACUUCCUUAUAGCGGACAGAGAGGAAAGUACAGGGCGAGGGUGACAGUUAGAUCAGAGCGAGUGAGACGCAAAGACACUUCACUGUCUCACACCUGCACCGACACCGAACUGAUGGGACCCUGUAACCUGCUGCUGCUGCUGGUGACCGCUAUAGGCUCGGUAUCGUGCCUACAGAAUGUAUCAAGGAAUGAGAGUGAAUCUGUAAUUUUCACAGUGAAGCUGAAUUUACCUGCACAGAAUCAGCGGUUGGUAACAUGGAGGUUUGGUACCAGUACGAUUGCAACUGCAAUACAGGGUAACACUCCGACUUAUAGUAACAGCUGCACAGACAGAUGCUCCCUGUAUGGAAACGCUAGUCUCCAGCUGGACAAUGUCACUCGUGCAGAUACAGGGAACUAUACACUCACUGUAACCAACAUAGACACUACUGUGCAACAAACAGAACAGUUUCAUCUCACGGUUUACGGUCCACUUACCCCUCCAAACCUCACCGUGACCAAUCCCACUAAUGGCAAUCCUUAUCUUGUUAAUGACACCAACGUGACCCUCCAAUGUGACUCUGGGGGCCAGAAUGUGGUUAAUUACAUUUUUUACAAAGAUGAAAACAUAACUGCCUGCUCCCAGCCCCAGGUGACCUGCGACAAAGACUUCCUGUACUUCCAGCCAAUCACGAUGAGUGACACCGGGAGAUACACCUGUAAAAUAGAGAACCCUGUCGGCAGUAACACCAGCCAGCCGCUCAGUCUAACAGUCAUAGGGCGUGUAUCAGUGACACUGAGCAGUAAUGCAUCUUCAGGGCUGCUGCGGGCAGGGAAGGAUUCAGUGAAUCUAACAUGUUCAUCUCUUGGCAUUAAUGUCACCUUCUCCUGGUACCUGGAUGGAGCACCAUUACCUCCAAACCCCAGAUAUCACUUAAUGAAUUCCAACUCCAGCCUCAUUAUCAGCCCUGUGGAGAGGACAGACAAUGGAUCAUUCACCUGCAUAGGUUCCAACUUUGUGAAUAAUGACACCAGUAAACCUCUGAAUCUGAACCUUACCUGGACCCCCGAUGGAGACAUUCAAUGUAUAGCAGAUAAAAAAGAUAAGAAUGUCACUCUAAGCUGUUCCUGGGAAGGAGGCAAACCUGCUGCCCAUGUGACCCUGGCAUUUAAGAACAUUAACAAAACAGAACUGGAGAAAGUUUCUGAGAUUGUAUCAGAAGCUAAUGUCAGUAAUACUGAUUCAAUGUUAUGCAAUGGCUCUCAGCUUGAACAUCAGUUCUGUAUGCUGUUACUAGAUGUUCCACAAGGCAUAACAAAACCUCCUGAGGCUUUGGAGCAGGGAAGACCUGCAAUACUGUCAGUAACUUUGAAUUCAAAUAAAAUGAGAGCUUCUUCUUCUACCCAUAUCCUCCCUGCAACUUUUAGUUGGUUUGACCCUCGGGAGCAAAGUCUUUCGAAUGUAGACGGUUAUUCAAUAAACUCCAGUGAUUCUUCCUCUAAACUGGAGAUACAUUCACUGAAACCAAUUGAUAAUGGAACUUUUAUAUGUGUAGCUACAAAUAUUAUGGGAAACUAUACAUUCAAGUUUGAAGUGAAAGUCCCACAAGUUGAAGGUGGAGGUGGAGGUAGUCCACUGAGUGCAGGAGCAAUUGCUGGUAUUGUGAUCGGAUCACUUGCUGGAGUGGCUCUAAUUGCAGUUGCCGUGUUCUUUAUCGUAAAGUCUACAAAAAAAAAACAAACGAAUGGGAGCUCAGGAAAUCCCCAGAUGAACCUGACAGAAGUACCAAACAAGAAACAAGAGGAUGAGGAAUAUGUUAAAUACGCAGAUCUCAGGUUUAAGAACACAAAUCCUUCCAACAAAGCAGAGACUCAACAAGUUCCCGAGACAGAGUACAGCACUGUGAAAAGAUAGACGAAGAAAAGAAGAUGUGUUCAUGGGGAGAAAAAAAAGACAUAUUUAAGCAUUGGAUCCCUUUUGUUAUUAUAAAGCUAUUGGUUCCUUAGACUCUUUGUCAGCUAAAGGCCUAGUUUUGGGUCUAGAAACCCAUAUCACUCCAUUUCUUAAUCUGCUAUUUUAUCAUAUGCUCUUUUAUCUCCAGAAAUAAUAUAAUGAACAAUGUCUACUGCAGGUUUGAAAUAGUAAUACAAAAAGUAUCACCUACAUUUUAGUUUUGCUCAAAAAAUUUAAAUAAUUCGAAUAAUUUGUUUUUUGAUUGUACUUAAAAUGGUGUAAAUCAAGUGUAGAUCAUCCAAGAAGAGUAACAGCUCCUUGCUAAAAAGCACUAACAGAAACCAUUUGACUACACUGUACAACUAAUAUUUAUUUACAUAGGAAAUACAAGUGCCUCUUAUUUUUUAUUAUUAAAAACAAAAAUAUAGUCCCUAUAUUAACUUUCCACUGUGCAAGACGAAUAAGAUCACAAUAGUAAUUGGUCAGCGCCAAAUCACAGGCUACUAAAAUUACUUUUUGCUGCUUUGUUAUACUCAGUGGUGUAACUAUAGAGUAAGCAGACCCCACAUUUAUAGGGGACCCAAACUAUGUAGUCUUCUUCCACUAUAGCUUUAAAUAAAUCACCUAGUUCACAGCACUAUCUUUGAAAAGCUUUGAGUGCUCGAGAGAUAGCAAGUGGGAAGGCAGCAGAAAGGAUGGGCAGUCCACACUGGGCCCCUACAAACAUUAUUUUGCAGGGGAGCCCAGCAUGAUCUAGGUAUUCCAUUGGUGAUACUCCCAUGUACAGAAUAACUUUGAAAUUUACAUCCACCUUGCAUUAUAUACUGUACAGAAUCAAAUAUUAACUGCAAAAAUCGAAGAGUUUUUAAAGUAUACAAAAAAAUUGACAAGUAAAUCCUAAGUGCAAAUUUGUUGAGCUCACAGUAAAAUAAAUGAAUUAUGGCACUAUCCAGUUAAAAGUAAUUUAUGUGUUGUUAAUAUGGCAAAAAAACUAAUUACAGAAUUCAUUCCUUUUCUUGCAAAAAAUGCUUAUAGAAAAGUAAUAUUUUUUUAAUUAAAAAUAUUUUCUUAACAGCCUCUGUUCAUUUCUGCGAAUAACAAAUUCUCUCAGGGAAUACUCCAUGAUUAUUAUAUACAGUAUGGCUAAUAUACUGUAUUUCUCAGGCCAGCCAAGGUUCCUCCCAGUAAAAACUAAUGAAGACAAUGGCUUUUUUCAUUUACUGAAGUGCUAGGGCACAACGGCACCCCAUAGAGCCCAUUCACAAAGCCGUGGAACCCCUAUACCGGCAGCAAGUGCAGACUGGGUUAUAUGUUUUAACCUGACUGUAAAUCCAGCACAUGGGAGAGCGCAGACAAGAACAAGGGAGCCUUGUACAUAGUGAUUACUAAAUGUACUUUGCUCCUUGCCCUGCUUAGUUAAUGAGUAAAAUAGCCUUUGUAUGCAAUUACAGAGAAAUCUCUGGUGAUCUUCAUAAAGCCUUACUAUAUUUAGAUAAUCAUUAAGGCAAAUUUGUCAAGGUGUGUCACUGUGACAAUCAUUUUAUUUGUGAUAUGAGUAGUGAUGGGCGAAAAAUUCGCGAAACGGCGCCGGCGUCUUGUUUUCCGCGAAUUUUCGCUGGCGUUUCGCGAAUUUAUUCGCCCCAUCACUAGAUAUGAGCAAUGAAACCAUGCAUCAGCGGGCAAUACUUGAAGGUACAGUGAUCUGGGGGUGUACUGCAGACCAUGGGCCUUUGGUGUCAGUGUAGUGUCCAUGACAUAGAUUUAAGGAAACAGGGAGAUAACCCCCAAAAUGUAAAGUUUCCAACUUUUAUAUUAAGCCUUGGGUAUUUUUCUAAUGUAUAUACAGUAUGACUCUGUGUUGGUAUGAUACAUUGGUACCUUAUACAACACACAAUAUAAAGAGCGGAACACCAGAGCUCCUGUCCUGUAGAUUUCCACUUUCAUCAUUCAUUCUGCUUCUAUAAUUUAUUAAUGACCAGUAACAUAACUAGAGGGGUACGGGCCCUGGUGUGUGACUCGCAGCCGGGCCCCCCGCCCCCCUCCGUAUGUGAUUUUCAGGCCGGAUUACAGUAGCGUGCGAGCUGCCGGGGGGGCCAUGAGGGGGUGCGGGCCCUGGCCCGCUCGCACCCCCUGCUCCCCCGGUGGUUCAGUCGCUGUUAAUGACCCUUGUAACAACUGUUCAGCAAUAAGAGCACAGAGAUUCCAUCCUGGUGUAACAGGGGCACGAUACAACACAAAUAGGGGGUGUAUUAAAAUGUAUUUUGACUGUUCAUUUUUUGGACUGAAUAGUGCAGCAAUAUACAGUUUAAGAACACUUUCUUACAAUCAGUCUGACAUUCUUGCUUCUUCAGAACAAUUAUUAGAGUAGAUGAUGGCAUUUAUUUAAGUUAUAGCUCCCUUGAGUUUUGAACUUCUUAUCUGUUAGCCUGAGACAUAGACAAUGAAGAAAGGAAAGCUUAAAAGUCUAUUUAAUUGCUGAUUGAUUAGUAUUGGUCAGAAGCUUGCUCCACAUACUGUAACACUGUGCUUUAAUAGUUAGUUCACACGAGGAGAUUCAGGGAGAUUUUGUCGCCUCACGAGGAAACUUCGGGGGACUUUGGAAAACGCUGCGCUGCAUGUGCUUUAGUGCAGGCGACUUUUCAUUAUAGCGGAUGGGAAGAGACGUGGAGGCAGUUCGGGGGGAUUGUCGCCCAGAAGUCGAGGCGAUUAGUCGCCAGGCGACAAUUUCUCCCCAAAUCUCCUCGUGUGAACUAACCCUACAUACAUUUGCUAUGAAGGGAACAGUAAAUUCUUCAAUUCAAAAUGUUGUCAUCAUUUUGUAAAAUUUUAGAAAUAUUUGAUGUUUAAAGUGAUGAUCUGUAAAUGAAGUUUUCGCUAAUCUUGUUAUUCAGUUCAAAGAUACUGUACUUUUCCCAUCCUCAGGGGUUUAACCAAUUUUUGGUCAUUUGCAUUUUCUGUAUGACAUAAAAGCUGUGUUUUGGUCCAUAUCAAUGUCUUGAAAUAAAACAGUACAUUUAAUGUAAA